AUGACGAAUGCUAUCAAAGCAGUUGAAGAAGAGGGGUUGACAGUUAGACUUGCAGCGGAGCUAUAUGGCAUUCCCAAAUCAACACUUUAUGACAGGAUCAGGGGAAAUGUUCAACAUGGAACUAAACCUGGCCCAGUGCCGUAUCUUACAAAAGAAGAAGAGGUUAUUUUGGCUAAGUUUUUAAUCAAAUGUUCUCAGAUUGGAUUUCCCCGCACAGUUUCAGAAGUUCUUGCACUAGUAAGACAAACAAUUCAGUCAAAGGGUUUAAGUGACAUCUCAAUUUCUUAUGGAUGGUGGCAGAAAUUUUGUAGCAGGCACAGUGAAUUAUCACUUCGUACUGCUGUGCCUUUAAGUCUUUCGAGAGCCAUGGCCACUGAUAAUAGUGUCAUACAAAAGUAUUUUGAUAUACUUGAAGAUACACUUAAAGAAAAUUCUCUAUUCAACAAUCCAACUCGCAUAUUCAACUGUGAUGAAACAGGACUCCCAUUGAAUCCUAAAUCUUUGAAAGUUGUAAGUGGUCGUGGAGCUAAGAAUGUCAGUCAAAUCACUGGAGAAGGGAAGUCUCAAAUCACAGUUCUGGCAUGCACUUGUGCAGCUGGAGUACCGUUGCCUCCAUUUGUAAUAUUUGAUCGUAAGACCUUUAAUGAUCAGCUAAUGGUAGGAGAAAUACCAGGUACACUUUACGGCUCAUCUCCAAAUGGAUGGAUCAGUAGAGAGCUGUUUUUGUACUGGUUUCGUAAGCUGUUUUUAACAAGUGUUCCUAGGGUACGUCCUCUCCUUCUCCUGAUGGAUGGUCAUUCUACUCAUUAUGGUCCUGACCUUAUCAAGAUAGCAGCUGAAGAGCAAAUUUUAAUAUUUGUAUUGCCACCCAAUACCACUCAUUUAACACAGCCACUUGACAAAGGGUGUUUUGGGCCAUUAAAAACUGCUUGGAAGGCUGUGUAUUUUACUAUGAGUGAGCACAGGCAAUUCUCUAAGAGGUUUGAAAAUGGGUAUGACAUUCCGGAUGAGAGGUAUGAGUUAUGGGUUCAGUUAUAUCGUCCUAAUAUGACAUCUCAAGAUUCAAAUGCUGAAGAUGAAGACCAAGAUUCCUUGAGUAAUGACACUGAUGAAGGAGAAGAGCUUUCAAUGAGUGCUGCAAACAGCAUAGAGACACAGACACAUACUGUCACAGCUAAUAACAGAGCAAAAAGAGUUGCACCUAUCAAGGGAACCGCUGCUACUAAAGGUAUUCGUAUCAUUAUUAAUUAUUCUGAUUUAUUUUUAGAGACAGUUGAUGCCUCUGUUACUUCUAAUGCUAAGAAGGCUGUGAGGUCUAAAGAGACAGCAAUCGCUGUACCUACUACUACGAGUGUUAGAUAUAAAGAGAGAGUUUUACCUAUUGAAGAAAGUGUUAGAGCUAAAGAGACAGUUGAACCCACUACAGAUAUUAGUACUGCAGCCAAAGAGAGCAAUAGAGCUAAAGAAACAGAGAGAGUUAUACGUACUGCUAAGGGGAGUAAGGGAAGUGUUAGAACUAAAGAAACAACUGUAAGUCCUGCUAAUGCAACUACUGCUAAGAAAAAAUCAGCUGAUUAUCCUACUGCAAAGAAGAGUGUUCAAAGUGCACAUAGAGUUGAUACAAGAAGGAGUGUCAGAACUAAACGUAAAAUGGAAAGAGUUGGACAAUGUACAGUGAAUAAUGGUAUUGCUAAAG